AAACUCCCUCUCCUGAAACAAACCCACCGAUACCGACCGACCGAUACGAGCCAUUUAUCCUUUAGGUAAUGGCUUCUCAAGUCCAGCCGGGCCAGAAGCCCAAGGUCCAACCUUGCCGAUACAAGACUGGAAAGACCCUAGGAGCGGGCUCCUACUCGGUCGUGAAGGAAUGCGUACAUAUCGAUACCGGACAAUACUAUGCAGCUAAGGUGAUCAAUAAGCGACUGAUGGUCGGUCGGGAACAUAUGGUUCGGAAUGAGAUCGCGAUUUUGAAACAAGUGUCUACAGGACACCAGAACAUCUUGACACUGGUGGAUUACUUUGAGACGAUGAAUAACUUAUAUCUCGUGACGGACCUUGCGCUAGGCGGAGAGCUUUUCGAUCGCAUCUGUCGAAAAGGGAGUUACUAUGAAUCCGAUGCCGCUGACCUCGUCCGCGCGAUCUUGUCUGCGGUGGCAUAUCUACACGACCACGGCAUCGUACAUCGGGACCUUAAGCCGGAGAACCUUCUUUUCCGAACGCCUGAGGACAACGCAGACUUGUUGAUUGCGGACUUCGGCUUAUCUCGGAUCAUGGACGAGGAGCAGCUUCAUGUCCUUACCACGACGUGUGGUACGCCGGGAUACAUGGCGCCCGAGAUUUUUGAUAAAAGCGGUCAUGGAAAGCCUGUCGACAUAUGGGCCAUCGGCGUUAUCACUUAUUUCAUGCUCUGCGGCUACACUCCCUUCGACCGCGAAACCAACCUUGAAGAAGUGCAGGCCAUUGCAACUGCAAACUUCUCAUUUACCCCAGUUGAGUACUGGCGCGGCGUCUCCCAAGAAGCCCGUGACUUCAUUAAGCGCUGUUUAACAGUCAAUCCCAAGAAGCGAAUGACCGCCCACCAAGCCCUCCAGCACCCCUGGAUCAAUCCGCCCUACGACACAACAGACGACCUCGGUUCUGGCGAGGAUCUCCUCCCCAACAUCAAGAAGAACUUCAAUGCCCGCCGUACGCUGCACAAGGCUAUCGAUACCGUCCGUGCCAUCAACAAGCUCCGCGAGAACGGCGGUCUCAUGAUGGAUGGUAUAAUGAGUGUUGAUCCCAAGCCUGAGCACGUUAACGGGAGUGAAGUCGUAGAAGACAGGACUACCCCACGUGAGCGGGAGAAUGAAGAUGCUAUGGAGAUUGAUAGUCGCAGUAAUGCGCGCGGCCAGACGGAGCAGCAGAUUCGAGAACAGGAGCGGAAAGUCAAGGAGACUGUUGCUGGGUUGUGGAGUCGGACUGCGCCGCGGAGUGAACGGUGACUUGAGCUGCACCUGAUUUGUGUAUAUGAUAUGAUACGAUUAUAUUGACAGCACCUGAACAUAAGUACCACUGCGUGAACCGGAUUCGCGGACUUGCCAC